AUGUCUCCGCACGCGAAAAAACUGAGAUACUUCAAGAGUCACCCUUUCCCUGAAGACUGGAGUCUCUCCGAGUACCUGAACUACCGCCAUCGCCCUGCUCCCGCGCCUCGUCGACUACUCGACGGAUGGAAGAAAUCUCUUCUUCUCAUCGCCAACUGUACAACACCCUCGUGUUGUUCCCUUGAGCAACGCGAACGGGCCCAGGACCUCCUUAGGCGAUACGAGGAAAAGGGAAAGGGGUCAGACCGACAGUAUGGGAAGUCCUGGCUGGCACAGAAGACUUCAAAAGCCGCUACAACUCCUCCCCCGAUUAAUAUAGGAGUGAUGUAUCAGGGGUCGUCGGUUACGGGUUGCCAGACAACCAUAAACCAAGAACCACCGCCACAAACCACUAACAAGCCCAGUGGAGACACUACGAGCGUAUAUAGUGAUAACGAUUUAGAUACCAUAAAUGAUUCAGAUUUAGAAUAUAAGGACAGUGAAUCUGAAGAAGAUGAAGGGGAGGGGACUCCAACUCCAUCAGGAGGCCUAAGCGAGGAUCUUUCUCCGGCGCAAAUCGCCUUUGUGGAUAGGUACAAAGGGAUGGACAGGGCGUCGCAAUGGGUACUUAGGAGUGGGCGCACUGUCGAAAGUAUCAUCUAUAAAGCAUGCCUAGCCCUAGAUGCCGACUCCUUUGCGAACUCGCUCCUACAAUCCUUUGUAAUUGAUACAUCCAAUGAAGAUACAAGAAAGCUAUUUACAGAUCCAGAGUGGGAAGAAAUACAAAGCCUUAUAUUACCAUUGCCCAAAAGCGACCGCGUGUUAUUAGAUUCGUUGAAAAGAUUCUUUAAAGUUAAAUCUACAAGUGAUCUCCGGGAUAUACUCAGGAAAACAGACUAUCUACCAGAAGGCGUAGCAUUCGAUCAGGAUAUCCAUUUCAACUCCGAGUGGGCAGACGUAGUGAUUCGUAUGAUGCUCAUACAAUUCGAGGCACCGGGGGAACCUCUCCGUGCAAGCCAUUUAGAGGACUGGUACUCUUCUUACCUCUGGUCUCCCAUUUUUGACCAUUGCUUGCUCGAUCUUCCGGGCAUGACGGUUGAGCGUAAAGAGUCCACCUGUCGAGCAACCGGAAUCCGGAAAAACCGCCUCCGCACAAAAAUUGGACGCGGAAACAGGCUCAAGAUAGGUCGCCGUCUGGACGCAAUCAUCAGAACCGUCGAAGAUGAUCCUUAUGAGUAUGGCGCCAUGGAAGUGGCUCGAACUUUCAAUGGCGUCACGUCAUCGAAAUGGCUCGGUGACUUUUUCAAGCUCGCAAAGGCUCUCAGGGAUAUGUUGUUUCGUUUACAUGAGCUGAUUGACCAUGACGAGGCCGUAGUAAAGAAGUUGCAAGUUGUUGGUGUCUUCAAUGCAGGCCUCUCGUUCCAGCUCAUUCGCAUGAGUCACCCGAAGGGGUUCGUAUGUCUCCUAAAUGCAGAAAAGAUGCAGCAAGUCCCGAACAGCGUUCAGGAGCUGGUCAAGCUUUUUAAAGUUCUGAUGAAUGUUGCGUUAAUGAAGCAAAUCAUCAAGGACUGCAGAGCAGCAGUGGACGAGUAUCAUAAUAAGACCGAGGAGGAUGUUUAUAAUGAACUGUUGGGAGAGACCGAGAGCAGCAAAAUGAAACUUGGAUGGGCAGCAGACACACCAUGA